AUUAGGCGCAAAGCAAAUGCUCGGAAUCUCGCCGAUACUGGUAAAACCUGAAACCUAUGGUUGUUUUUUUCGACGCCGCAGGGAGGGCGACUUAGAUGAUUAGAGAUGUAAUUUUUUUAAAGACUUAACUGCACAGCUGGAGACUCUGAUUAAUGAUAGAGGACGCUGGGACAUAUUUACAGUGUUUUAUAAUUGAGAGAUAACCGUCUCGGUAGUAGUUGAACUACAUUUGUGAUAGAAAACAUCGAAUCAUGUUAGUGAUACCGAGAUUUCCUGCUGUGUUCUGGUUCAUAACAGGUAUUUUGGCUUCUAACGCCCAAGAAUGUGGACGACCACCAUUAAUGCAGGACAGGAUUGUGGGCGGGCUGAAUUCGUUAGAAGGCGAGUGGCCGUGGCAGGUGGAUGUACAGAAACACCCUGAUGGUCAUAUCUGUGGAGGCUCUCUGAUCACGGAAAACUGGGUUCUAUCUGCAGCACAUUGUUUCCCCAAUCCAUCUGAUGUUAGUUCUUACACCCUCUAUGUUGGUCGCUACCAGCAGAAUAACGUCAAUCCAUACGAGUCCUCACAUAAAGUGAAACAGAUCGUGGUGCCAUCUGGUUAUACUGACCCUUACAGUGGAAAGGAUGUGGCGCUGGUGGAACUGGCCAGCCCUGUUACCUGGUCAGAUUAUGUCAGUCCUGUAUGCUUACCCACCUCUGACACCCUGUUCCCAAGUGGCAUGAUGUGCACUGUCACUGGCUGGGGGAACAUCAGGGAUAAUGUCCCUCUGCCAGGAGUCGGGACUCUGCAGAAAGUGCAGGUGCCAAUCAUCUCCCAGAGUUCAUGUCAGGAGAUGUACCAAACAAAGCCGACGGAGCAGUUGGACAUCUUGUAUGACAUGAUCUGUGCUGGAUACCAGGAGGGCGGCAAGGACUCCUGCCAGGGUGAUUCAGGAGGACCUCUUGUUUGUCAGAUGGUAAACGGGUCCUGGGUUCAGGCUGGGGUGGUGAGUUUUGGAACUGGCUGUGCUAACGCAAACAAGCCAGGUGUGUAUACCAGGCUAACCAGCUACUCAGAUUUCAUUAGAAGCACAAUACCAGAGAUUCAACUCUAUGGCCAUGCUAAUCAAAACAAGUGUGCAGGGGCUCUUGUUGUGUUGCUCAGCUGUGUGAUCGCUCUAGUGAUGGUACUUCAGAAAUAAGACUGAAAGAUGUAAAGCAAUCGGAAUUCGCAAAACUGAUUGUAACGAGUAUAGGUGGUUCAGAUUAUUCACAAUCACAAUAUUUUACUUUGUAUCUGACAUGCAAAUGACAAACUGAUUUCUUCUAUAUGCUGAGCUGUCAGCAUUGAUUCAGAGUAUUCAAAGUAGUUUUGAAAAGGUUGUAUUUUAAAUCAAGUGAGUAAACAUUAUCUUUUGUAUUUGAAAUAAAUUGUGGAUUUGAU